AUGCAUCGAGGAUUUGACGACCUCCCCUACGAGCUGUUCUUAGAGAUUGUCUCCUACAUCGAAGAUUGCUCCUCCUUGUAUAGCCUCCUCCGCGCAUCCCCCGCUCUCUCCCGUGUAUUCAAUCACAAUGGGCUGGAAAUCACUCGCUCCGUCUUCUCCAAAGACAAUAUGUGCGAUCAAAUCCUAGAGUCCAUCCAUAUCAUAGCCGUCCUCCAAUCUUCGUCGCCUUGGCCCUUUCCCACUCUUCACGAGUUUAUCUCCCGAUUUAUCAGGGUAACAGUUCGAGAUCCAGAGGCUCCAUACACCCCACUACUCCCGCCAGCGCCAGUCCUAUCGACAGAUUUACCCGAUACUACCCCCACGCAGACUAUAAGGCGCAUUCUCUCUGUCUACGCCCAAAUCUCAUAUCUCACUUCUGCCUGUAUCCAGCUUUGUCUACAGCGUUUCCAAGCCAUUCAGCCCGAGAAUAUCGUAAAUCCAGAAGCUCGCUACCACGCCACAUCCGGUCCAAGGAAGGACAAGAUAGCGCCGUGGAAACAAACUUUCGAAAGCGUCCAGGUCCCAUUUCAUGAUUUUGGCCCGCCAACAUGGGACGAGGAGCAGCGUGUUUCUCGGGCGCUUUGGCGAAUCCAGCUCUUCUAUGAUCUGCGCACAGCCGCGGCCCAGUCGCGUCUCGGCUGGUCGAGUCAAGAUCUGAAACAUCUCCAAAGUAUGCAUGAGCGGGACCUUUACGUGGGUGGGAGGUCCCGCUACGAGCCUAUGGAAAUCGACACGGUGAUUGACUAUCUGAACCAUGUGCGGGGAGCAGGCUCCCCUAGGGGGGACAGCAGCAAGGCCUCUCCGCCGCUACGGCUGCCAUUCCUUUCUCAUCCAGUUAAGAGGAAAUGGCCAAUACCCAAACGACCGCCUCCCGGUUCAUCGCAUUUUAAAUUCUCCGUCGAUAUCCCGGCAUUCGGGCUAAAGGAGUACAAAGUGCUGGCAGGGCUGCACUUUUCUCCCUUGAGGACGGUCAGGUUUGAUUUCUACCGUCGUCUUGGCAUCGCGUUCUGGUGUCAGAAGAGGAUCCAAGAAGCAGGGCUAUGUCCUACAUAUCCGGGGGCCAGGUCUAUCAAUGUCAGCUCGUGGCUCUUUGCAUGGCGAAGCAUCCUGGACCCGGGCGACAUCGAAACGGUGGAACAGAGAUUAGAGUGGGAAUUGGAGGAGUACAAGACGAAAGGAGGGGCGAUUCGAGGGCUAGAUCGCUCUUACUGGGGCUGGACAUGA